CAAGAGGGGCGGAGCCGAUGCCUCAGGAGCGGAAGUGGCUCGCUAUUGAGGCGGUGGCUUCUUGCUGGAGGGCUUCUCCUCAGCAGCUUCCGAAGGUGCAUCCCAGCUCGAGUGCGGCGGCGGCCGCGCCUGCGGGACCAGCCGCGCUCCAAGAACUGACGACCCUGGCAGUCUGUCUGCCGCCCAGAGGGUGGGUGAGCAGCGGGCGCGAGCGCUUGGGAACACCCGGCAUCCUGCAGACCGUGGCCCAGGUCACCUCCUCCUCUAGGUCGCAGCCAAGGAGCACAAUGAGCACGAGAAAGCGUCGCGGAGGGACACUGAGCUCCAGACAAGCCCAGAAGCGAACUCGGGAAGCAGCCUCCACCCCUGAGAUGGCCUUGGAAGCCGAACCCAUAGAACUCGUGGAGAGCGCUGGAGACGAAAUAGUGGACCUCACCUGUGAAUCUUUAGAGCCCGUGGUCGUGGACCUGACUCACAACGACUCUGUCGUGAUUGUUGAUGAAAGGAGACGGCCGAGGCGGACCGCCAGGAGGCUGCGCCAGGACCACGCUGACAGUUGCGUGGUGAGCAGUGAUGACGAGGAGCUGGCCAGGGACAGGGACGUGUAUGUGACCACCCACACUCCCAGGAACACCAGAGAAGAGGCAGCUACAGGACUCAGGCCCUCGGGUACUGUCAGCUGUCCGAUCUGCAUGGACGGGUACUCAGAGAUUGUGCAGAAUGGGCGUCUCAUUGUCUCCACAGAGUGUGGCCACGUCUUCUGCAGCCAGUGCCUGCGAGACUCCCUUAAGAAUGCCAAUACUUGUCCAACCUGCAGGAAAAAGAUCAAUCACAAACGCUACCACCCUAUUUACAUAUGAAGCGUGGCGAGCCGCUCAGGACACGUGGCCGGACAGCGGCAGCCCGGCGGGGUCUCCGUGUGGCCUCGGCGGGUUGUCUGCCUUCAGUCUCCUGAGCUCAAAAAGACUAGUUCAAGACGCACGUCUGCUAUGU